AUGAAUACUGGAAAAGAAAGCAAGCGUGGCGCAUGGCGCUCCGCGGAGCCACCACUUUGGAGUCUCCCUCCCGCGGAAGCGGAGGCCAAUUUGCCAGGCCCGCGGAGUAGCAAGGGAGAGCGCGAGGCUCCCGGGCGCAUUCGCUCGCUCGCAUCUCUCCCUUUUCUCCCCUCCUCGCCCAGCGCCCCUCCCUUCUCCGGCGGGAAGCAGAGCCGCCCGCCCGCCGGCCGCCGAUUGGAAGUUCCUCGCCCAAGCUGCCGCGCGUCCUAUUGGAGUCGGCUUUCCACACUUCAUGCGGGCUUCAAAAAUGGCCCUGGGCAGCCGGGGAGGGAAGAGAGGAAGGGAAGCGCUGGCUUGCCGAGGCCAGCAGCGCGGCGGAGACAGCUGUCCCUCCUAGCGGAGCGUCACUCAACCGGCCUUUCGGAGCAGAGGGGUCACCGACGCCGCUACUUCGGUCUGACUUCGGUGCCACUGGAUGAAGCCGUUUUUCUAACGGGGUCGCCUCCGUCCAGGGGCAAAGCGCUCCUCUUCAGGGCUAGGUCUGCUCUUCGGCGCGCCUGCCUUUCCUGCCGGAGAUGCUGCGAGGAGUCAGGAUGGCCGAGGCAGCCCUCAGCACAGCCCGAGGGCGCGCUCGGUCCUGAAGCAGGGCCAGCCGGACCUUUGAGCUGCUUUUCCGAGGCGCUCGCCCCACCUGCCCGAGCCUUUCUUCUCCUUUCCCCAUGUGGGACUGCCUCCGGGAGUCCUUCGGCGGGCUUGAGCGCCAGCGCGCGAGGAAAGGAGCACACCUGCCCAUGGAGUUCCCGAACGGGACCGCCGUCCCCUAGCCGGAGCAGAGCGUGAACCCCGAACGAGCCGGGCU